CUAAAAUCAUGGUCAUUAAUUAAUGUGAAGACUUCAAAGAUGUCAGAAGGAAACAAAAUGCUGCAUCCUGAAUUCGCUGUUCGUCCAUUAAUGUACACUGGUUUGGGUGAUGUAAUUGGUUCUACUGUAUGGUCAAGUGAACAAGCAUCAUCAUUGGCUGCAAUUCCAGGAUCUAAAGUGGCAGAUUCAACUAACUUUCCACAUCCGGUAGCUGAAUCUCUUGCAAAAUUUGCUUCUGCUCAAGGUUUACAUGCACCAUUACGUUUAUCUAUGGAGCAACGCAUAAUGCAACGUAUUCAACCUCGUCUACCUGGUUUAUAUUCUUAUCAUCCUUUGGCUAGUCAGCUAAAUGGAAGUUUAGAUGAGAUUGAUGUAUCUGACUUUAUUAAUCCUGCGGAAGAUUCUGAAUCUGUUGGAAUGCCCCAAUUAAUGAUAGAGCAUAAACUUGGUCUUUUGUAAAUGACAAUUGGUUUUCUCGAAUUGAAUGGAACAGUUAGUCUUUCUUGAAACUAUUAUUACAAAAAAAAACUAAUAACGUAUAUUAUUCUACCAUUUUUGUAAGAAAUAAACAUGUCAAUUAUAUUUUUUAACAUCCAAUGUUGUUCAUGUCUGACUUCAUGAUCUUGCACAAAUCUUCAUUCAUUGUCUGAGAUGUGUAACUGUCGCACACUCGACACGGAUUGAACUCCACUGGUCGCAGCUUCUCACUAGAACUCCAGGAAAUCCAUCUUGAAACUAGUCACUAGUGAGCGCAUGAUUAUUAUCCCUGUACUAAUAAGAUAUUGUGUUUAUCAUGAAUAAUGGUUAUAUUCUCUACUGUCUUGUGUAUGUAUCUGUGCAUGAUAUGGUUAAUUUCAUCGUAUAGAAGGAUUAAAUCAGAGGUCUGAAGAGUUGUUGAACACACGAAUUACUUACUUAUGCCUGUUACCCCUUAUGAUGGAGCAUAGGCCACCCACCAGCAUUCUCCACCCAACUCUGCCCUGGGCAAUCCUUUCCAGUUGUAUUCGUUCCUUUGAUGUCUACUUCCGAUUCCCGACACAAUAUAUUCCUUGGUCUUUAUCUUUUCCUUUUCCCUUCGGGAUUCCAAGUUAGCACUUGCUUCGUGAUGUAGUUUGAUAAUUUCCGUAAUGUA